GUGCUUGUGCUUGUGCUUGUGCUGCUUGCGCCUGCAAGCUUGAGGUGCCAUUCUUAAGCUUGCUGGCUUGCUUGCGAGAGAGGCAAAAGGCAGCCUCGUCUUCGUCAUCUUUCCUCCCACCUCCUCCUACCUUACUCUACCCCCCUUGAAACCUCGCAACGCGGCUGUCUUCUUCUCGUCUUUAACUUCUCACAAAUCCAGCCCAGCGAUAUCCCUGUGAAUCUCCACCAAGGUUAUGUCACGUUCUGCAUUACUUUAAGAACUAGAAGCUCUCUCGGACUUCAAGACUUCUGACUAUCUGAAACUCAACAAACUUCACCACUGCCCUCGCAACUUUCAAAAUCCUCGACUGCCUUCCCGUCAAAAUGUUUGUACAAGCUCUCCCAUUAUGCGGAAGCUGAAGUGGCUAACCUUUCUGAAAAGGCGCAUUACCCUCAAUAUCACCGCACCCACUGACGCAGACUCCGAUCUGCUCUCUCUCGUGAUUCCACCGGAUACCACCGUCAGCACGCUGAAGCAGUCCGUCCAAGCCGAAUCUCGGAUUCCCGCCACCUCUCAACACCUCUAUCAUAACGGUCAGCUGCUCAACGAUGACGCGAAGACUAUGGAACAACUCCAAAUCGGAGAUGGCGAGAUGCUAGCGCUGCAUGUUCGAGACAUGGUAGGAAGCACAGGAGUGGCGGCAGGUCAACAUCGAGCACAACCUGCACGCCAGCAGCCACGAAGCGGCCAAGAGAACGACCCGGAGACCAUUAGGUUACAGCUGCUGGGAAACCCACAGUGGAGACAGCAGGUUAUGGGCACACGACCCGAGCUCGGUGCUGCGGUCGAGAACCCGGAGAGGUUUGCACAGAUCUAUAGGCAAAUGCAGGAGCAAGAGCGGGAAGAACAUGCAAGACGACAACAAGCAAUCUCAGACCUAAAUUCGGAUCCAUUUGACGCUGAUGCCCAAAGAAGAAUUGAGGAGAUGAUCAGGGAGGAGAGAGUCCAAGAAAACUUGCAAAAUGCUAUUGAGCAUAAUCCCGAAGGUGGGCAGUCACACAUUGGCAUGUUUGAUGGUCAUACUAACACCCUGCAGUCUUUGGCAGAGUUCACAUGCUGUAUAUUGACGUCGAAGUCAAUGGUCACAAGGUUAAAGCAUUCGUUGACUCAGGUGCCCAAGCCACGAUCAUGUCUCCUUCUUGUGCUGAAGCUUGCGGUAUUAUGAGACUUGUGGACAAGCGUUUUGCAGGUAUUGCACGAGGUGUAGGCACAGCUGCUAUUCUGGGACGAGUACACUCUGCACAAAUCAAGAUCGGAACUUUAUUCCUUCCUUGCAGUUUUACUGUCAUGGAGGGCAAAGAUGUCGAUUUAUUAUUGGGCCUGGAUAUGCUGAAGCGUCACCAAGCUUGCAUUGAUUUAUCGAAGGACAAGCUCAUCAUCCAAGACGUCGAAGUAUCCUUCUUAGGAGAAGCGGAUAUUCCAAAGGGUAUGGA